AUGCCGGUGCCAUCCUCCGCGAGUGAGGGCUCUGCGGCUGCUGGCGACUGGGGAUUUUCGGGACCCGUGAAAGGGUUUCCUUCGGCUCAGACAGCUCCGCUGUCGACUCUCGACGUCGCAGCAACAGCGGAACUGAGUCCCGCCCAGGGGGAGCAGUGGGAAGCGCUGUACGCGUCAGUGCAGGACGCGGUGCUCAUGUAUAACGCGCAGUUCGUCUCCGCGCUGGCGGAUGGUUUCCCGCCCGCUGCUGACGUCAUAGCGUCCCUGGACGAGGCCCUGCAGGACCUGGCGAAAGACGUCUACGUGGCAAUGGAUAAGAUGGAAGAGGGAGUAAGCCAACGAGCCUCGCUGUUUCCUAUCCGCGUCUUUGCAAUGUGUGCGUCUCUGGAAGUCUCUCGCUGCCGUAGGCUGUUCCCGAAGCUGCAGGAGGAGGAGGAAGAGGAGGAGGGGCAGCAGCAGCAGAAAAGUGACCACUGUGUAGCAGGGGAAGUGUCAGGUGAAGGGGUUUCUACGGAUGCUCCAGGGGUUUCAACAGAAGUUUCAGGAGAACUAAAAGGUUGGUCUUUCCUUGCCGCUGCUGGCAAUCUCAGGGACCAGCCAGUAUCCGCAGCGCUUCCGCCGUUGGAUGAGGACGAUCUGACGGUUCUGGAGCAGCUGUUGGAGGAGGCGGGGGACGAGAUUCAGGGCCUGUUCCUAAACUGCAAGGGGUCACUGUACGGUCUUGGUGUCACACAUGCUCGUUCCCUCGCCCGUUUUUCUAUCCUGGGGAAGGCACUGAAAGCAGCAAUAGAGGGAGCAACGGAAGCGAGUUUCACUGUGUUAAGGGAUGGACGGGAGGAAGUGAGGUAUUUGGAGAGGAGAGAGGCGGGGGAGAAGGAGGGUGGGGAGAGGAAAGAGGAGGGAGAAGGAAGAGGAGUGGGAGCGAGUGGGAGGGGAUCUGGAUUUGAGUUUGAUACUUCAAAGGUCUCAAGCGGAUGCAGUCAAUCAAACGAGGGAGAGAAGGAGAGGCGGAUAUCGGGGGGAGAGGAAGAGGAAGAAGAGGAAUACGAGGAGGAUGAUGACGACAACUCUGACACUAACGAGAGUGACAAUAUCGAGGAUGACUGUAUUAUAUGGGAUGACGGGCUUCAGGAUAUCAGGGCACUGUUCGCCCCUAAGCAGUCCGUUACGACCCCCUCUGGAAAAUCUCCCUCUGCUUCUUCCACCUCCUCUACCCCCUCAGCAGCAGCACUUACACCCCAAGGGAGACCUGAAGCCACUAGCCCUGUCUUCUCUAACCAGAACCAGCAGAAGCAGCAACACCUGCGAACGCAGUCGGAGGUGAUUCUUGACUCGACUCAGAAGUCACCUAGAGCCGCUAACUCGAUUUUCUCUGACCGGCAACAGCAGAACCACCAGCGGGCCUUCUCAGUCGCUGUAACGCCUAACUUAUCCUCUGACUCGAGUAACCUGACAGCUGACAGCAAGACAUGUGUACCAGGGGCACCCACAGAAGCAGCAGCAUCCAUAGCAGGAACUCCGAAAGGGCCGCGGCUGGGAGCAAGGAUUCUAUUGGAGCGAAUCCGGGACUAUCAAUGGCUGGCGGAAUGGCUAGGGAUUGACCCUGAUGAGCUGCUAAUCCACAAAGUCCUCUCCGUUGUGCCUGUAGGCAUGCUCCUUACUGACCUGGGCGUGCCACGCUCGUUAGAGUCCGGUUUGUUAGAGUCACAGCGCCCGCUGCUGCUGCGGGUGGUGCUGCCUGGGUUCCGGGAGGAGGUGAAGAGGCGGUUGGUGGGUGCAGGGCUGGCGUGGACGGAAGGGAUGUUGAUCAAAACUGUGGUGUUUGAACCGAGGAGGAAUGCUGCUGUGUUCACGACAGGAGGUGGUAGUGCUGCUGCUAGCGGCGGUGCUUCCGGUGCUGCUGCUGAUGCUGCCGGUGCUGGUGGUGGUGGUGGGGAAGCGGGUGCAGCGACUGGUGCUGCUGCAGCUGCAGCAGCAGGAGGAGGGAAAGGAUUGACCAAGAAACCCAGCCACAGCCGAACCAAAAGCGCCGAAGACAUGCAAGAACUAUCCCCGUUUGUGUCACAUGCGGUACAAGAAUCGCUCACAGCAGGCGGCGGGCUUGCAAAACAGAUUCCCCUGGAGGACAUUCUGGCAGCGACAGACUCGUGGAGCCCUGAGAGGAAGCUAGGGGAGGGCGCGUAUGGCACGGUGUUCAAGGGGAUUGUUGGGCGUGGUGGGGAAGGUGGAGAUGGCGAGAUAUGGGCAGUGAAACGGGCGGGCAAUGUGUCGGGGUCUCAUCUGGAGGAAUUUGAGAAGGAGGUGUCAUUCAUGAGUCGCAUGGCCCACCAGCAUCUCGUGCGACUCAUAGGCUUCUGGGCGGAUUGUGACGAGCGAAUUCUCAUCUACGAGUUUAUGCACAAUGGCACGCUCGCCUCCCGUAUCCACCGUGCCGUGGUGCCUGCAUCCCCUACUGGAGAAGCACCGAAGAAGGCGCCCCCUCCCCCUCUCACUUUCGACGAGCGUGUCGCCAUCUCGGUAGGGGCAGCCGAGGGCCUGCGCUACCUGCACGAUUUUGCCCGCCCGCCCGUGAUCCAUCGCGAUAUCAAAUCGGAGAAUAUCCUGCUGGCAGCGGAUCUGCAGGCCAAGGUGGCGGAUUUCGGGCUGCUGAAAACGAAUGACCAGGGUGGGCCCGGGCGGCAUGUGGCGAGAACGAGGCUGAUGGGCACGCCUGGGUAUUGUGAUCCGGAGUAUUCCCGGACUUACAUCGCCACGCCCAAGAGUGACGUGUACAGCUUUGGGGUUGUUCUUCUGGAGCUGGUGACGGGCCGCAGAGCCAUCCUAGCAGAGCCGAGCCAGAAGACAGGGAUGAACCUGGGCAACGUAGCAUCGCUGCUGCAGCGCUCCAAGCGCAAUGCCAAAGCGAGCGCCAUGGAGCCAGGGGCCACAACUACGCUCGUGCAAUGGGCCAUUCCUCUGAUCACAGCAGGCAAGCUCAAAUCCGUAGUUGACCCGGCCCUGGAAAACAACUACCCACCAGGAGGGAUGAAAGCAUUCGCCAAUGUGGCGGUCAUGUGUGUCCAAAAAAGCGCCGCCCAGCGGCCGACCAUGGCUGAGGUGGCAACACGCCUGUCUGCCAUCCAACACAAGGUGCAAGACCUGCACAUUCAGGGGGAAGAGCCCAAGUAUAACUUCCAACCCACUAUCGGAACUGCUGAAGGCCGCCUGAUCACCAUGACUGUGGAGACUGAAGUUAUUUCUCAAGCAGCAUCCCCUUCCUCCAACUACACAGCCACCAUGUCCAGGGAUACGCCGUUCUACUAUGUCUGGCCUGCGACGGAGCCUCUCGUGCAGACUUUCGAGUGGAAGGUCGAUGAGACGCCGGUGUCGAACCUUCCGUUGAUGCUCUGCACAUGUAUAGGCUAUGUCGCGUUCAUUCUAGGGCUGAAAUGGUACCGGACAAAGAACAAGAUGGCACCAGUGAAUCUGGGCUUCCUCCCUGCCAUUCACAACCUGAUCCUGUGCCUCUGGUCCCUGGCGAUGUUCCUGGGAACGAUCCACGCAAUGCUCUUGGAUUCCGAGAUCAACAAGUAUGACACCGGCAUGGGCAAGUAUACGUGGCUUCUCUGUUUCCCGUCAACCGUCAAGCCAGUCGGUUAUCUGUGGUUCUGGAGUUACAUCUACUACCUCAGCAAGUACUACGAGCUCCUGGAUACUGUCAUCCUGGUGCUGAAGAACAAGCCGCUGUCGUUUCUCCACGUGUACCACCAUGCAACCAUCGUCUUCCUCUGCUGGCUGUGGCUAACAAACACGCAGUCUCUCCAGGUCAUCGCCAUCACCAUCAACACAGGGAUCCACGUGAUGAUGUACUUCUACUACUUCAUGCACAGCUUCCCCCCCGCUUACUCUUUCCAUUCUUCCUCUCUUCCACUAUUUUUCCCUUUUCCCGUCUUUCUCUUGGCCCUCUUUCUCUUCCCUCCCCUCGUUCAUUUCCCCCUUCGCCCUCUUUUCCCCCCGUUCUCCUCUCCCCCCGUUCUCUUCUCCCGUUCUCUUAUCCCCUCGUUCUCUUCUCCCGUUCUCUUAUCCCCUCGUUCUCUUCUCCCCGUUCUCUUCUCCCCUCGUUUUCUUCUCUCCUCGUUCUCAUCUCCUCUCUUUCUCUUCCCCCCUCGUUCUCUUCCCCCUCGCUCUCUUCCCCGUUCUCUUCCCCCUCUCGCUCUCUUCCCCGUUCUCUUCCCCCUCGUUCUCUGUAUCUUUCGUUCUCCUCCCCCCUUCUUCUUCCCCUUUUCUCAUUCCUCUUCUCAUUCCGCCUCUUCUCAUUCCCUCUCCACUCUUUAA